CGCGAACCCCACAACACCGUAUACAUAAACCCUACCACCGACGCCCAAUUACAUCACCCCCCCCCUUCUUCUUCCUUUCAUCACUCCCCCAUUUUUUCUCAAUUGAAUUUCAAAGAAGAGAAAUGGAUAAGAUUAAUUUGGUAGUAGUACUUUUCUCUGUGUGCGUUGUACCCGCAAUCGUUACCGCCCAUUUCGCGGGCGACCCGUUUCUUGUCAAGGGUUGCGUCUACUGUGACAGCUGCCGCUGUGGCUUCGAAACCGACGUCACCAAGUACAUGCCCAGUGCGAAGGUGAGAAUAGAGUGCAGGGAUAGGGACAGUGCUAAACUCACCUACACACAGGAGGCGGUGACGGACGAGAGCGGGUGUUACAGCGCCGUUGUGCAGAGCGAUCGCGGCGAAGACUUUUGCGAUGCUGUGUUGGUGAAGAGCUCCGACGAUGAAUGCAGUGUACCUAACGCGGGCCGUGAUCGGGCCCGCGUUAUUCUCACCCGCAACAACGGCAUGACCGACAAUGUUCGUUAUGCUAAUAACAUGGGGUUCCUCAAGAAUAUUCCCUUGUCCAACUGUGCCCAGAUCCUUCACAAGUAUCAGAUUAUUGACAACUGAAUUGAAAGAUUAACCAUUGAGAUUAAUUAUAAUUAAUAAUUAGUUUUUUUUUUUUGGUUGCUUUUCAUAAUCAUAGGAUCUCCCUAUGUUUUUAUCCUUUGUAUUAGUACUUGAUAUAGUUUUAGUUCGUGUAUGGUUUAUGGAUGAUGAUCUUGUUGUUUGUCUUUCUAUCGUCGCUAAAUUCUAUGUUGCACCUGAUUAAUAAUAUCGGGCGAUUGUUAA